AUGUCCAGCAGGAGGCGCCAGGAGGAUCUGGAUCAGAUGCCUGUACCUCCUCAACUGACCCCUUUCGACUCAAAGGAGCAGAAGCUCUAUUUCGAGCUCCCUCUGGAUUCUACAAGUUACCAGGACGUAGUUCAGUAUGCUACAACAUCUGAAGACGACACCACAUCCCCCUCCUCAUCUUCAGAUGAUGAGUCCCAGGUCAUCCUUGGCGUCCUCUCCUCCCCCUCCUCAGCUUACUUGAUCCGCUCGUUUUUGGGGCAGGGGGUCUUUGGAAAAGUCGCCAAGUGCACCAAGUCAGCCACUAAGGAAACAGUGGCUGUGAAGAUCAUCAACAACACCUAUAAAUUUGAGGCACUGACCGAGGCUGCCAUCCUCAAACAACUGAGAGCUUUCGACUCAGACAGAUACAACUUUGUCAGAUACUACGGCGCUUUUACUGACAAAGAGCGAUUUUGUCUUGAGUUUGAAAUGCUGGACAUGAGUUUGUGCACUUUCUUGGAUAAGAGACCUCGCAACUGUUUCUCUGUGAAAGAGAUCCACCCCAUCCUACACCAGAUGGCCACGACUCUACAACUCCUGGGAAGCCUUGCACUCGUGCACACAGAUCUCAAGCCAGACAAUAUCAUAAUGGUGGACCAUGUAAACCAGCCUUUGAAGGUUAAGAUGAUUGACUUUGGCUUGGCCCGUCAUGCUUCCCAGAUGGAGAGUGGCGAAGAAAUGCAGGCGCUCCACUACAGGUCUCCAGAGGUCAUCCUGGGACAUCCCUGCACAGCAGCCAUUGACAUGUGGUCUUUAGGCUGCAUUGAUGCGGAGUUGUUCCUAGGCCAUGCCCUGUACCCUGGCAGCAGCGAGUAUGACAUGCUACGACAUAUGGUUCAGACCCAGGGUCAGCUGCAGCUCGGACUUCUGGACAAUGGCAGCAAAACAAGGGACUUCUUCUGCAGUGGCAGACGCCAUGGACGCCGCUGGAGAUUGAAGACACGUUUGGAAUACGGACAAGUCACCAGGGGCAAUAGCAAGUUCAACUCCCUGGAUGAUUUGAAGAAGAUUAGACCAGUCUGCCAUCUGUCAGAUGAGGACACCAUGGCACAAGUUGAAGACAUGGACAACUUCAUUGAUUUACUGAAGAAGAUGCUUUAUCUGGACCCAAGUAAACGGAUAUCGCCCAGCCUUCUUCUUGAGGAUCCAUUCAUCACCAUGAGUGACCUCAGUGACAGCCACCCCAACAGCUUCUACACCAAAUCAGCCUGUGAGAUGAUGGAAGUCUGUCGGGAUCAGAGUCAGAGAUCAGAGGACAUGGAACAGGAUCCAUGGCUCAACCCGCAGGCCUCCACCAGCACAGCCACCCCCAACCAGCACUACACCCCCAGCCAGGUUGCUCCUGCUUGGCACAAUCACCACGAGCAUCCCCUGGUACUGGAGGUUGCAUUGGCUAUCUCCAGUAGCCUCUCCAUCUGUGACGACCAGAGUCCACCACAGCCACAGCAACUCAGCUGUUCCGUUGCCAAAGGAAAGGCAACGCCAGAGCAGCAGUUGCCCACCACCUCUGUGGCUACAUCCGAUACUGGCAAAGUAUCGGAUGUGAGGAAACUGAAGAGGAGGUUUUCUGAAACCUCACAGAGCGGUGACAGAAGUCCGGAGAGCGGCCCAGCCCCGAAGAAGAGGAUGAGGAUGGAUUCAGUCGAGACACAUGGAGAUAGAAUCAUCUAUAGCAGCACACAUUUGAGAUCAGCUCAACACAAAACCUCCAAAGAGGCUCCAGCUGAGGCUUCGUCCAGCACGGCCACAGCUACGCCUCAGAGGAAAAGGACGUGGGCGAACUUUGUAGCCUCAUACACUGGGUCAAGAACUCCAUACACUGGAUCACCGGAGAGGAAGAAGAGGAAGAUGACAGUGAUGGAUUCUUUAAGCGAGGCCCAAACUGAAGCUCCGUCCACUGAGGCCAAAAUUAAUCCUCAGAGAAAAAGGAUGUGGGUGACCUUUGUGGCCUCGCACCCUGGGUUAAGAUCUCCAUUCAGCGGUUCGCCAGAGAGGAAGAAGAGGAAGAUGAGCCUGCUGCUUGACUUGAAAGAGGCUGAAGCUCCGUCCACAAUAACACCUCAGAGUAAAAGGACGUGGGCGACCUUUGUGGCCUCGCACCCUGAGUCAAGAACUCCAUGCUCGCCGGAGAGGAAGAAGAGGAAGAUGGAAGUGAUGGAUUCAUCAAGCGAGGCCCAAACUGAAGCUCCGUCCACUGAGGCCAAAAUUAAACCUCAGAGAAAAAGGACGUGGGCGACUUUUGUGGCCUUGCACCCUGGGUUAAGAACUCCAUGCUCGCCAGAGAGGAAGAAGAGGAAGAUGGAAGUGAUGGAUUCAUCAAGCGAGGCCCAAACUGAAGCUCCGUCCACUGAGGCCAAAAUUAAACCUCAGAGAAAAAGGACGUGGGCGACUUUUGUGGCCUUGCACCCUGGGUUAAGAACUCCAUGCUCGCCAGAGAGGAAGAAGAGGAAGAUGAGCCAGUCACAUGAUUCAAAUAAGGCUCCAACUGAUGAGUCUGAGACACAAAAGAAAAGGAAGCGCCAGGACUCUAACCAGGCAUUAUCCAGCGAGGCCAAAAAUCCAGAGAUCAUUGAAAAGUACCCAGACUGCUCAUCUCCAAAGAGGAAAAAAAAAGAAAAAGAUCCCCUCCGGUGACAGUGGCCCAAACCAGACCUCUGAGGAAAAGGAAAUGUCCGAUUAGAAAUCCAGACUGCAGCUCCUCCACAGAGGAAAAAGAGAGAGACAAGCCUGGAUUGAGGGUGCACCUUCACAUGCAGCGGCAGGCCACCAGAGCCACGACAGACAGCGGAGGCCGACGGAGGCCGACGGAGGACGACAGAGGACGACGGAGCCAGGACAAAGGAUCAGGACCACAG